UGCUAGUUUGAUGGACAGCGUGGACCCGAAAAGAAGUUCAAAAUGGCUGCUGGAAGUGAUGCUGCGAGCGAAAAGAAAAAGUCAGUUACUAUUCAACCAGGAUCUGUCAUUCGCUGUAAAACAAAUUUUGGUGAAUCCUUUGAGGGUGAAGUAAUGGGAUAUGACGAGGAAACUAAAGCAGUUGUAAUCAAAUGUAAACCAACUGGUAAAAGUUUACAAAAAUCCUUGUCUGAUGUAAUCGUUAUAAAUUUAUCAUUAGUGGAGCAGUCAAAUUUUGAGCUAGUUUCGUUACCUCAAGGUGAACCUCCUCCUCUUCCUGACAUCGACAAAAUGAAAAUUCAAAAACGCCUGGAAUCAGCAAGGGAUAGGGUCGGCAUUGGAGUCACACCUGAAGGCCAAGGAUUGUUUGAUUUUAUUAGAAAAACAAUACAAGAGUGCUAUUGGGAUGGGCAGAAUAUAACAAUUUUGGACGAUGUGAAAAUUACACCUCCUUAUUCUUCAGACCACUGUAUAGGAAAAGACACCAAAGCUGUGGAAUACAUAAAAAAUAUUGUAAUAAAAUAUCACAGUGAUAAAACGAAAGUACCUUCAGAAGAAAUGCCUGCUACGUAAUGUACCUUCUUCAAGGCUCAGUUGCGAAGUCACAUAGUAAAAGUCACAGUAAAAGCCUGCGCCCAAUGAUGUUUCAUCUUUUUAAGAUCUAGUGAAACCAUUAACAGAGAAAGAAACAUUUGUGAAAGACGCUUCUCCGUUGUGCCUGUUUUCUAGUUUGCAUUUACUUACUUCAUUAGACUUUCUUAGGAUUAUUUUAUUGUCAAAAAUUUUAGCGAAAGAAAAUCUCGCGAUUCAAAAAAAAAAACAAAAAAAACCGGCGAAACAUAUGCAUUUUUCGAGGUUGAUAAAGUUAAUGUAUUUCGCAGAUGAUGAAAGAUGACCAGCAGGGAUUUUUAGGAAUUAAUCUAAAAUCUAAGAACAUCGCAAAAUUCAUUUUCCUGGUUAAACUUCUUCCUGCGAAAAUUUGUAUGUGUUAGGCGAUAAUUUUUAAGUUGUUUUAGAAUAUAGAAACUGUAGAAUUGUUAUGUGCCAUCGACUUUCGAUAUCUUGAACUGUCAAGGGGAUGAGAGUGGUUGGGUAUAGCAUUGUAAUUACUUAUACGAACAGUAAAAAUUUGAGAUAUCGAGACUUUUACAUUUUUUGCACGUUUUCAGAUUAGUUGAGAUUUCGCUGUUAACAUCGUGACUGCAAGAACAUACACGUUUAUUUCUGUUUUAUAAAAAACGGCUUUUAGGAAACUGUGGUUUUUGGUUAAAAGAAACGAAACUGCAUUUAAAGGGGGAAAAUAAUGACUGAUAGUUCUUUUGGUGUUCUAGAAAAAUUUUAAAAAGCCAAGAAAACUAUAUUUUUCCACAUUUCGAAUACAUGCCUAUCUUUUACGAAACCGUAAAAGAUUUGAAGCUUUUGGAACUUGACUCUUGCCCAGGUUUUUUAUGUAAAAAUAAACGUGUGAUGAUUUUUGUUGUCGUGCUGAUGUGUUUAUUUUUUAGGGUGUUAAAUGAAAGGGUGGCCACGCCUCCUAAAACCUCCUAAGUAACCUGAAAAAAUAGAGGCACUUCCAAAAUCUUCUAAAUGACCUAAAAUUUGGAUCCAAAAUAUUGCUUCUAAAAUCUCCUAAAAUUGUUUAUGGUGAAAUCCAUUUUUUUUUGUUUUGUGGCAGUAAAUUGAACAUCUGUUUAGCGUGCAGUAGGACUUAUAAUUAUUUUAACAUAUUUCCUCAAAUUUCAAAUGAACGAACUCUUUGACGUCCCAAGAGGAAAGGCUCAGUUAUUUUUAAGUCUUUAUUUCCACCUCAAAUUUGGACAAAAUCUCUUAAAUUAUGGAUUGUAUUUUGUAUUUUAGUGUUUUCUUCUAACAUUUGACCUUGAAAUCUCCUAAAAUCUCUUAAAAUUCUAAAAUUUGUGGCCACCCUGAAUGACUACUGUCCAAUUCUUUCUGCUUUGUUUUUUUUAAAAACCUACGGUUAAGAAAAAGGGAAAAGAAAAAAAUGCAUAUUAGCAACAUUUUUACCAGCGAGAUGUCAAAUCUUAGAAAUACGCUUAGAACGUUGAACUUAAUUCUAGCUUUUUGUUAUUUUACUAUUUUUUGUCGAUGUCUUUGUAAAUUUUGUGACUAACCCGACUCUUCUAGCCUCGGACACUUUAGUUUGGAAGCUAACCCCUUGUUUCUUUGUAAAGCUAACCGUUCUCUGCUUACGUAUAUAUUUUAUAUACAUUAUCGGUUCUUAUUACGACGCCUUAGUUUGUAAAUAUUCGUGGUCAAACUCACAUAGUCAAAAAACCUAACACUGAUGCUUUAACUCGUUCCGCAUAGUGAGAAUUAAUAAUGUACGCCAUCUUUAUGUAAGCUUUCAAAUUCGUUUACCAUGCUGGAAUUCUUUCCUUGAA